CACCCUCACACUACACUACUUCUUUUUGAGUUGGUGAUUUUGUUCAAUAGGUCUCCGCUCUCCUCCACCUUAUUAUUAACUUUUGGUCCUCUCUCUCUCUCUCUCUCUCUCUCUCUCUCUCCCUCUCUCCCUUCUGUGUGUAUAUUAACCCAAUCCGAGCAAGCCAUCCAUUCUCUAGCUUCUCCCACCUCUCAUCAUCAUCACCAUGACAGAUCCUUACUCUAAUUACUUCAAUAAUGGCUGGUUCAAUCUCAACCCUCUCCACCACCUCUCCUCCCCCUCCACACCUCCUUCUAUUAAUCCAUAUAAUUUCCAUGCUCCUCCUAAUUAUAGAGACUACAACAAUUUCUGCUCAUCAAAUAACUUGAUGGUGCACAAUCAUAGCUUUUUCAUUAAUCACCACCAGUCUUCUUCUUCUUCAUCAUCACCUCCCUCACCUCCUCUAAGAGAAGCCCUUCCCCUCCUCAGCCUAAGCCCUUCAAGACACCAUCAUCCUCAUGAAGACUUGCAAGAACCCUCUUUCAAUGCCAUGGAAGCUGAUCAUCAAAACAACAACAACAACAACAACAGUAGAAAAGACUCAGCUGAUCACCAAAGCUUGGUCGUCUCCAGCUCUGCUGAUAUUGUUGAUCAAGAUGAAGAUGAUGAAACUGUUACUGUGGCUUUACAUUUAGGGCUUCCAAGCAGGACCCUAUCAGCUGAUUUGAUCUCUAGGCUCUCUUCCCCAGAGAUCUCAUCAGAUAAAGAAGUAGUAGAUGUGACUGUUGCUUCAGCUGGGUAUGCCCCAAACAGACUCAACAAGGGCCAGUAUUGGAUCCCUACUCCUGCUCAGAUUUUAAUUGGUCCAACCCAGUUCUCAUGCCCUCUUUGCUUCAAGACGUUCAACAGAUACAAUAACAUGCAGAUGCAUAUGUGGGGGCAUGGAUCUCAAUACAGAAAAGGGCCAGAAUCUCUAAGAGGAACACAGCCAACAGCCAUGCUUAGACUGCCUUGCUAUUGCUGUGCACCAGGUUGCAGAAACAACAUUGACCAUCCAAGGUCAAAGCCUCUCAAAGACUUCAGAACCCUCCAAACUCAUUACAAGAGAAAGCAUGGGAUCAAGCCUUUCAUGUGUAGAAAAUGUGGCAAGGCUUUUGCAGUGAGAGGUGAUUGGAGAACCCAUGAGAAGAAUUGUGGGAAGCUUUGGUAUUGCACUUGUGGCUCUGAUUUCAAGCACAAGAGGUCUCUCAAAGAUCAUAUCAAGGCAUUUGGACAUGGCCAUGCAGCUUAUGGCAUUGACUGUUUUGAAGAAGAUGAUGAUGCAGCCUCUGAAAUUGAGGAAAAUUACUCUUCCCAGUGAGCUAGUUAGUGACCUUGGUUUAGAAUAACGUUUUAUGGAUGGGCAGCUAAAAAGUUGCUUAUGAUCGGAAGCUAGCUAGCCUAGCUAUGCUCUUUUCUUCAUUCUUCUGUUCUUGCUUCUUCUUUUUUUGCCUUAUUUUUUAAAAAGCUUCCUUAAUUAGCAAUGGCUCCUCAUACAUCAAUGACAAACCAAGUUCCUGUAAUUUCUCUC